UUUUUUUUUUUUUUUUUUUUUUUGAAAUAAAAAAGCAAAUUUUUUUUUGUUUCUUUUAAACAGAUUAUUUUUAACUUUCUUCCUUCAUUAUUUUUAUAUCAAUGCCUGGUAAAGAAUUACAAAUUCCUAACCUUCAUCCUUCACAUCGAACUACUAGUCGAUAUGACGGACAGGACGCUGAGCUUAGCAGUUCAUUUACAGGACGCCUUGAAUCAUUUGUUGGAUCGUAUUCUAGAACAUCAUUAAUGCACAUGGCUGAAAAUGUGGUAGUUCCUGAAGGAGGCAUGACAGACGAUGAAGAUGACCAUUCAUCCUUGCACUCGAGUUAUUUGCCUCGGUAUGAAAAUACUUCGAGGCGAAAUUCGGAUGGUACGAUUCAUGAAAGAACGCCCUUAUUUCCUAAUCUCCAAAAGAUCGAUACUUGCAAUAGUAUAAUGACAGUAGCGGAUAAUUAUCCUUCCACCCAAGUGACACAUGCAAAAUCUUCUUUUACACAAAGCAUAUUUAAUUCUAUCAACAUAUUGAUUGGUGUAGGCAUCCUGGCCUUGCCCUUGGGUUUUAAAUGUGCUGGCUGGUUAGUGGGCGUUUUUGUAUUUGCCUUUUGUUUUGGUUUGACAAAUUACACUGCUAAAUUACUAGCUAAAUGUUUGGAUGCGGAUCCAGACUCACGGACCUAUGGAGAUAUGGGUUCAUACGCUUUUGGUAUUCGAGGAAGAUUCUUUAUAUCUAUUCUUUUCUUGACCGAAUUAGUCACUUGCAGUGUUGCACUAGUUGUCUUAUUAAGCGACGGUAUCGAUUCUUUGUUCCCUGGUCAUGAUCCCAUUUUUUAUCGUCUCGUUUCCUUCUUAAUUCUUACGCCUACCUUGUUUAUACCUGUACGUCAUUUGUCUUACACAAGUUUACUUGGUAUCCUCAGUGUAUUUGCCUUAUUAGUGGUGAUUAUCUAUGAUGGUUUAUCUAAAGAAGAAGCCCCUGGAAGUUUACACGAAAUGGCUGACACCUCAUUCUUUCCAGAAGAUUGGAUGACCGUGCCAAUGAGUUUUGGUUUGAUUAUGGCUGGCUUUGCAGGACAUGCUGUAUUCCCGACAAUUUAUCGGGAUAUGAACACACCAAGAGAUUUCAAUCAAAUGGUCAAUUAUACCUAUGUUGUAACAUCAAUAGUUUACAUGACAGUGGCUGCCUGUGGAUAUGCCAUGUUUGGUUCUGCUACAAUGCAAGAGAUUACACAAAACCUUGUUACGAUUCCACAAUAUAAUCAAGUAUUAAACCGUCUUGCUGUCUGGUUGAUUGCGAUGAACCCUAUCGCCAAAUACGGCCUAACCUUAAAUCCUGUAGUACUCAGUUGGCAAUUAGGCUUACAAAAUAAUCAAGCUGUUGAACAUUGGUUUUCUAGAGGCAGCUGGAGAAAACCUGUAGUGAAAACACUUGGUGUGAUUUUAACAUCCGCCUUUAUUGUCGUACUUGCUUAUUUGUUGCCUAAUUUCGACAAAAUCAUGUCUUUGCUCGGUGCCUUCUUUUCGUUUGUUAUCUCUGGCAUCUUUCCCAUGAUGUGUCACUUGAAGUUGUUUGGGGACACCAUUUCUAGAAAAGAAAUUGUUCUCACCUGGACUUUAAUCACCAUCGCUGCUAUUAUGGGUAUUACCGGUACCAUAUGCAGUCUUUUAUAGAUACACACCCACAUAUUACCACACGCCAUU